AUGCCUGGGAUUGACCUGCAAAUAACUUCCCACGAACUGAACGUCAACCCGACCUUCAAACCCGUCAAACAAAAACGCCGCAAGCUCGGCCCAGACCGAGCCAAAGCAGUAAACGACGAGGUGGACCGGCUACUAAAAGUUGGCUCAAUAAGGGAAGUUAAGUACCCAGAUUGGCUAGCCAAUCCAGUUGUGGUUAAAAAGAAAAACGGAAAAUGGAGAGUCUGUGUAGACUUCACCGACCUAAACAAAGCAUGUCCGAAGGACAGCUUCCCACUCCCUCACAUAGAUCGAUUGGUAGAAGCUACAGCAGGACACGAACUGUUGUCCUUCAUGGAUGCUUUCUCAGGGUACAACCAAAUACUCAUGAACCCUGAAGAUCAGGAAAAGACUGCGUUUAUAACAGACCGUGGCACAUAUUGCUACAAAGUAAUGCCAUUCGGCCUAAAGAAUGCGGGAGCUACUUACCAGCGCCUAGAAAAAAUGUUUGCUAAACAGCUCGGUAAGACCAUGGAAGUCUAUAUCGACGACAUGCUCGUUAAAUCUUCGAAAGAAGAAGACCAUGUUGCACAGCUCAAAGAGUGCUUCGCAAUACUAAAUCAGUACGGAAUGAAACUCAAUCCGACCAAAUGCUCGUUCGGAGUACCAUCUGGAGAAUUCCUAGGUUACAUCGUAACCGAAAGAGGAAUAGAAGCAAAUCCUAAACAGAUUGCAACCUUCCUCGAAAUGCUAUCCCCCAAAACCACGAGGGAGGUCCAAAGAUUAACAGGGCGAAUAGCAGCCCUUAACCGUUUUAUUUCGAGGUCAACUGACAAAUGCUUACCCUUUUACCAACUACUAAAAGGGAACAAAAAGUUCCAAUGGAACGAUGAGUGUGAAACAGCGUUCAAACAACUCAAGGCAUACUUGAGUGAACCGCCCAUACUAGCCAAGCCAGUCGAAGGAGAGCCUUUGUAUCUCUACGUAGCGGUAUCUCCAGCCGCAGUAAGCGGCGUGCUCGUUCGAGAAGAACAGAACGAGCAGAAACCCAUCUACUAUGUAAGCAAAAUGCUAGUAGACGCCGAAACAAGGUACCAUGCUAUGGAAAAACUGGCUCUAGCGGUCGUAAUGUCCGCCAGAAAGUUACGACCAUAUUGUCAGUCACAUUCCAUAGUAGUGAUGACCUCCCAACCCCUUCGCACUAUAUUGCACAGUCCGAGCCAAUCCGGACGGCUUGCGAAGUGGGCUAUCGAGCUAAGCGAAUAUGAUAUAGAUUACAAAAUCCGGACCUGCGCGAAAGCCCAAGUCUUAGCGGACUUCGCAUCGAGCUUACAACAGAUCCCGACGAUGCCACCGUCUAACCAGAAGUGGACACUCCACAUAGAUGGAGCGUCAUCAAAACAAGGAUCAGGAGUUGAAAUCAAACUGGUUUCCCCAAAAAAUGAAGUCCUCGAACAGUCUUUCAGACUAGGGUUCCAGGCCUCCAACAAUGAGGCCGAGUACGAAGCCCUCAUAGCCGGUCUCAGGCUAGCCCUCGGGAUCGAAAAUCGAGAAAUAAGCGCAUUCAGCGACUCUCAGCUCGUAACCAGCCAAUUUCAUGGCGACUACGUAGCAAAAGACGAACGGUUGGAAGCAUACUUAAACAUCGUACGCCAAAUAGCAAAUCAGUUUAGCUCGUUCGAGCUGACCAAAAUUCCUCGGGGGGAAAAUACCUCCGCCGACGCCUUGGCAGCCCUAGCAUCCACCUCUGACCCAAUGGUCAAGAGGGUGAUUCCCGUAGAAGGAAUCGAAAAACCAAGCAUCGACCUAGCUCCCAAGCCCGACAACUCGAUCAGUGCACCGCCCGAUCCCGAGAACCAGUCUGCUCAUCCAGAGCCCGAGCCUGAACUGGAUGACUGCGAAGAGUUCUUAAACAGACCGGACUGGAGAACUCCUAUCAUGGAGUAUAUUCAGAACGGUAUAGCUCCCACCGAAAGAUGGGCAGCAAGAAAAUUAAAAGCUCAAAGUGCUCGAUACUGCAUAAUGGAAGGUAAACUAUACAAGCGUAGCUUGAUAGAACCUUACCUCUUGUGCGUGCACGGUAUCGAGGCCCUAACAAUUAUGGCUGAAAUGCACGAAGGAAUGUGCGGAAGCCAUUCCGGAGGACAAGCUAUGGCAGUCCGCAUCAAAAGACAAGGCUAUUUUUGGCCCACUAUCAUUGCAGACUGCGAAAACUAUGCCACAAAGUGCGACAAAUGUCAAAGACACGCACCAAUGAUCCAUCAACCAGCUGAAAAGCUAUCUUCGAUAUCCGCACCCUACCCAUUCAUGAGAUGGUCAAUGGACGUAGUAGGACCACUGGUGGUCUCAGGACGCGCUAGAGUCCGUUUCCUACUCGUCCUAAAUGACUACUUCACUAAAUGGAUAAAGGCUCGAGCUUACCAGCAAAUCACCGGAUCAGAAGUCGAAAAUUUUGUCUGGAAAAACAUUGUCUGCAGACACGGCCUCCCUUAUGAGAUCAUAACGGACAACGGGACGAACCUGAUCUCAAGAAAAUUCACAAGGUUCUGUAACACUUGGAAAAUCAAGCUCAUAUCUUCCACGCCCCGAUACCCACAAGGUAACGGACAGGCGGAAGCUGCCAACAAAACAGUCUUAAGUAAUCUCAAAAAGAGGCUGGAUUCAAAGAAAUCUCGGUGGAGCGACGAGCUACCUGGGGUACUUUGGGCGUGUAGGACUACGCCCCAUCGAGCUACGGGAGAAACACCUUUCUCUCUAGCCUAUGGCAUGGAAGCUGUUAUCCCGGCUGAAGCAUCGGUACCGAGCAUCCGUCGGACUUUUUGUCCGGAUAACGAAGAACUCAAUGAAGAAAUGCUAAGAGAUCGGCUAGAUAUGAUCAAAGAACAACGAGAUCUAGCCCUAGUCCGCAUCCAGAAUUACCAGCAGGCCGCAGCUCGCUAUUACAAUUCCGGAGUCAAACACCGGAGCUUCAGUAUUGGCGACCUCGUGCUACGAAAGGUAUUCGACAACACUAAGAAGCGAGGCGCCGGCAAGCUAGGCACAAACUGGGAAGGCCCGUACAGAGUCACCGAAGUAGUGCGCAACAGCGUAUACAAGCUCGCAAACAAUAAAACCAGAGUGCCAGAUGCAAGACCGUGGAACGUUAUGAAUCUCAAGCGUUACCAUCUCUGA